AUGUUCAUUCUUCCAUUCCUUUUGGCUGCCGGCAGCCUCCCCCUCAUUUCUGGGGCGCCGAUAGCAUCCUUUCACUACAAGUCUGCACACGCAAAGUCCAGUCCUUCGAUUACUAAACGCAGUACCGAUGUGUACCAGUCCGUGUUUGGUGGUGUUGGUACUAUUCCAAAUGGGUGGCCCUCGAUUGACGAGUGGUCCAUCACCUUUGAUGACCUUUUUGAGUCAAACAAGGCUGUUAUGUCAGACAGCUGCUCCCAGUGGGAUGUAGCCAACAACUCUGACGAUGAGAUCGCCGACAUCAAGACUGCCAUCGAGGCAGUUGCGGAGUCCAGUGGUGUGGAUGCCCGAUUCAUUCUGGCUAUUGUUAUGCAGGAGUCCAACGGCUGUGUUCGAGUUCAGACCACCGAUAACGGUGUGACCAACCCCGGUCUCAUGCAAAGCCACGAUGGAACUGGUUCCUGCAACACAGAUGGUGACGUCCAGGACCCAUGCCCAUACAGCGAGAUCCACCAAAUGAUCGUCGAUGGUGUCGAGGGAACUUCCUCGGGCGAUGGUCUCAAGACACUGAUCACCCAGGAGGGUGGCAGCUCGACUGCUUUGUCGCACUACAAGGCUGCUCGUUGCUACAACUCCGGCUCUGUCGCCUCGGACGGAAACCUGGGCCAGGGUGAUGCCACUCACUGCUACGUUUCUGACAUCACCAACCGUAUCCUGGGAUGGAGCUCUGGUACUAGCGACUGUGACGAAGACACGAUCGGUGACCUCACUAGUAGCGAUUGGACCGCCAGCUCAAGCAGUGGCUCUGGAAGCUCUUCUUCUGCUGUCCCCUCCGCUACUACUACUACCUCCACCUCUACCUCGAGUGUUGUUCCUGAACCUACCGUUGUCACUAGUGCUGCUCCUGAGCCUACCACUACAUAUAGCCCUGUCCCUGCAGUCCCUACCACAACUGCUGAGCCCAGCCCUGCCCAGGCGACUACCACCGCUGCUACUACCACUACCACAUCUACCCCCACUGUGCCCAGUGCUUCAUCAAGCGCGUCCGCAUCGGCAUUCCCUAUCUACCCAUACGCCACAUCAUCUUGUACAGCCUAUGCCUCGAUUGUCGAAGGUGAUUACUGUGACUUGAUUGAAAGCGAAUACGGAAUUACUGCGUCUCAACUCCUAGGCUGGAACUCGGGCUUGGACGAAAAAUGUACCAAUCUUUGGAAGGGAUACAGAUACUGUGUUAGCGCAUAG